CAGGCACUUGGCUUCUUGUGGUAUUCUGAUGACCAGAAUUUCUCCCUUGCAAGUACCUGUAUUGAGCCAUACUUUUUCAAGAACUUUCUUCAAAAUCGCUGCUCCACUAGUAAAUAAAAGAAAAGAAUAUUCUGAAAGAAGAAUUAUAGGGUAUUCUAUGCAGGAAAUGUAUGAAGUUGUUGCUGUUGUGGAGAAUUACAAACUAUUUGUUCCUUGGUGUAAAAAGUCAGAUAUAUUAUCGAAGCGCUCUGGAUAUUGCAAAGCACAGCUAGAAAUAGGAUUCCCUCCUAUAGUGGAGAGGUAUACAUCGGUUGUUACCUUAGUGAGACCACAUUUAGUUAAGGCAUCCUGCACAGAUGGAAAACUAUUUAAUCAUUUGGAAACAGUGUGGCGUUUCAGCCCAGGUAUCCCUGGUUACCCAAGGACAUGUACAUUGGAUUUUUCCGUUUCAUUUGAAUUUCGUUCACUUCUACACUCAAAACUUGCUACGCUAUUUUUUGAUGAAGUGGUAAAGCAGAUGGUAGCUGCCUUUGAAAGAAGAGCAUCCAAACUCCACGGCCCAGAAACAAACAUACCUCGGGAGCUAAUGCUUCAUGAAGUUCAUCAAACAUAA